AUGAAGCUGCGCCUGGGCAAGGGCUUCACCCUGGACGAGCUCAAGGAGGCCAAGAUCCCCAAGAAGUACGCGAAGACCAUCGGCAUUGCCAUCGACCACCGCCGCAGGAAUCGAUGCACAGAGAGCCUCCAGGCCAACGUCGAGCGCCUGAAGCUCUACAUGUCCAAGUUGCUGCUCUUCCCGAAGAAG